AUGCAGGCCGAACAAGAAAGAGAUCGCGCAUCCGGCACCGACCCUGCUGUACUGUAUCGGAGCCAGGCGGAAAACCUUGUUGGCCUCGCUUGGCUUUGCGCGCGGCUUCGAUCCGAUGCGAUCGUGGCUUCAAGCAAGGGCGCAGGCAACGCUCGAUCGAGACGCAAGACGGGGUCAGUGCCGUCGCCACAACAGGAACAGCAAUCAACGCUCCAAAGCCUGUCUUGCGGCGACUGCUCAGACGCGCACUUCCGACCGAACCCUGGCCGCCAAGCCAUAUCCACCUUGGAUCCUCCCCACCUGACCAACGCUCCCACCAUCCUCCUUCCUUUCCUCACCCUCCUUCCGGGCCAACCGCCACACACCACCAUCCUCCCAUCAUCCCAAGGCGACGUCGCUUCGCUCACACUUCCACCGUCGUCACCCUUGGCUACGACAGCAUUCUUCUUCGCGCCCCCGCCUUCGCUCGCUGCCAACAGCGUGCUUCCGUGUCGCCAGAUCGACCUGCCUGCGACGAUCCCGAAGCAUCGCACGCCUGCUCUCGCCUCAGCUCAAACAGCCUCGCCGCAGUCGUACCUGAUCCUUCCCUCGUCAAGGUCUCGUCCCACGAGAUUCCGCUCACCGACUCCAUCACGGCACCGUCGUCUCGAAUCCGCAACUAGGCUCCAUUCAGCCGCCCUGUUCUCGACCUAG